AUGCCCGAUAAACAUAAAUUAAAGUUAUUUUCCAAACAUAAAAAUGAAGAUCCAAAUAAUUUAAGUCCAUCAACUUCAAAUCAUUCUCAAAGAAAGUUUCUUGGAUUUCACAUAGGUAAACACGAAUCCGGAGACGGUUUAUCAUCACCAACUACCACCAAUGAAUAUCAUAAUCAUACUCAACAACAUUCACAUCAUCAUCAUCAUUCACAACAUCAAUCUCAAGAAAUUUCAAGUUCAGUUUCCCCUGGCAUACAUUCUCCCCAACCACAAAUUCAUCAGUUAAAUAAAGAGGACUCAAAUCAAGCAUUUAAAAAGUCAGGAUCAAUGGUGGAACUAAAACGAUUUUUUAAACCUACUAAAAAGAAUUCACACAAUACUCCACAUUCAACAAAUCACAAUUUAUCACCUACAUACCACAAUAAUAUUCAUUCUCCACCACCAAUAGCAGCUUCAUCAGGACCAAAUAGUGGAUUAUCAUCUCGAGAACAUUCCUCAACUUCAUUGGCAAAUCUUAUAAAUCAAACUUCAACACAAUUAUUACAUAAUGCUUCACAUUCAGUCAGUACGAAUCGAGAUCCAUUCACUGAUGACAAUUCACCAUUGGUUAAAAAAUAUGGUAAAAUUGGAAAAGAAUUAGGUAGUGGAGCUGGUGGAUCGGUUAAAUUAAUAACAAGACCAUCUGAUUCAAAAACAUUUGCUGUAAAAGAAUUUAGAGCUAAAAGAUCUACAGAAUCAUUAAAAGAUUACACAAGAAAAUGUACUGCUGAAUAUUGUAUUGGAUCAACUUUAAAACAUCCAAAUAUUAUUAAAACAAUUGAUAUAAUUCAUGAAAAUAAUCGAUAUUUUGAAAUUAUGGAAUAUGCACCAAUUGAUUUUUUUGCAGUUGUAAUGAGUGGAGAAAUGUCAAGAAAUGAAGUUAAUUGUUGUUUAAAACAAAUAUUAGAAGGUGUUAAUUAUUUACAUAGCUUAGGAUUAGCGCAUAGAGAUUUAAAAUUAGAUAAUUGUGUAAUUACAAUGGAUGGUAUACUUAAAAUUAUUGAUUUUGGUAGUGCUGUAAUUUUUAAAUAUCCUUAUGAUCAAUAUGGUACAAAUUCAAAUCAAAAGGAAAACAUUCAUCCAUGUCAUGGUAUAGUUGGAUCUGAUCCUUAUUUAGCACCAGAGGUAUUAAAAAAUUCAAAUAGUUACAAUCCACAACCGGUUGAUUUAUGGUCAAUUGCUAUUAUAUAUUGUUGUAUGACUUUAAAAAGGUUCCCUUGGAAGAUACCUAAUCCAGAGAAAGACAACAGUUUUAAAUUAUUUUGUUUGCCUGAUGAUAAUUGGCAUGAUUAUUAUUUAAGUAAUGAAUGUCAUAAAUUAUUAUUACAACAAAGAAAAUUGAAAAAUUUAAUUGUUAGGUCAAAUAAAAGAAAGAAACAAUUGGAAGAAGAAGAAAUAAUACUGGAUACAGAAACAAAUGUAGAUGAUGAGUUAUUAUCUGAUGAACAAGUUGAGAAAUUAGUAGCACAGUUAAAAGAAAUAGAUGAUCAAUUAGAUGAAUAUGAAAAGAAAAAGGAUAGAUUAAAAGAAGAAUUCAAUGAACAAAGAGAAAAAGAUACCGAAUAUCAAAAAUUAAUAACCCAGACUCAACUUGAAGAGGAAAAGAAACGAAUGGAAUCUGAGAAUGAUUCAGAUUCUAAAAAGAAAGCAUCACAUAAACAAAUACAUGGACCAUAUAGAUUAAUGAGAUUGUUACCACAUGCUGCAAGAGGUAUAAUUUUUAAAAUGUUACAAGUUGAUCCAAAUCAAAGAGCAACAUUACAAGAAAUAAUGCAAGAUGAAUUUAUACAGCAAAUUAAAUGUUGUACUUUGAAAAGAAAUACAAAAUCAGUUGAUAAUAUUGGAUCAAAUUUUGAUGAAGAUGAUGAAGAAAUUUUAAUUAAAGGUACUCCACCUCAUGAACAUACAGUAGUUUUGUAA